UUGUUUCUUUGGGGGCAGUAUUAAAGUGUUGCACCUUCGUCUAGAAGACACUUUACGGUUAGGCUUUGUUUUGACACUUUAAUAAUGUAUUUCGAGUGAUUAAUGCUCCACCUGAUUAAUAGAAUAGCUGUUAGUAAUGGCGCUGAAACAUUUCCGGUCACUGACCCAAAUUUUGGGAGCUAUUAAUCAAAGUAAAAUAUGUGGACAGUCGAUAAAGGCAAGUUUGCUACUAAGAAAAUCCUACACCACUGCAACAAGUGGAGAGGACCCUCGAGCAGUUGCAGGUCAGACUGUGGUCUCAGAGCGAAGAGGGUCUGUGGUCACUGUGGCGAUAAACCGCCCCAAGUCGCGUAAUGCGGUGAACCAGGAGACGGCGAGGUGUCUGCUGGGGGAGCUGCAGGCCUUUGACAGUGACAAAGACUUGAACGUGGCUGUACUGUAUGGGAAAGGAGGGAAUUUCUGUGCUGGUUAUGAUCUGAAGGAGCUGGCCAAUCACACAGCCACCCUCAAAUUGGAGCAAGAUGUCACCAAGGGUCCCGGUCCAAUGGGUCCGUCUCGUUUGCAGCUAUCAAAGCCGCUGAUAGCAGCAGUCAGCGGUUUUGCUGUAGCUGGAGGGCUGGAGUUGGCUCUGCUGGCAGAUCUGAGAGUGGUGGAGGAGAGCGCCGUCAUGGGGGUGUUCUGUCGCAGGUUUGGAGUUCCCCUGAUUGAUGGUGGCACAGUGCGGCUCCCGCAUCUCAUCGGCCUGUCAAGAGCCCUCGACCUGAUUCUGACUGGCCGGCCAAUUGGAGCACAGGAGGCCCUCGCCUAUGGACUGGCUAAUAGAGUUGUUCCUGAUGGCCAAGCUUUACACGCAGCCCUGGAGUUAGCAGAGAAGAUCAGCUCCUUCCCUCAACAGUGUCUGCGCGCUGACCGCUCCUCAGCCAUGUACAGCUGCUAUGACGCGCCCUCCUUCACAGAGGCCAUGCAAUAUGAGACUGACCACGGAGUUCCUGUCAUCCAAUCAGAGGCUAUCGCUGGGGCAACCAAGUUCACUUCUGGAGAAGGAAGAGGAGGGAAGUUCUCCUAGGCGUAGUGAAUUUGGUUUCUCAGGAUACUGUGGACACUUUUCCAAUUGGAGCAACAGAGGGACAAUCCCAGAAAAUGUGUAAGCGAUUUUCCACAGGACCUCAACAGGACCACCAGCAGACGGUCUGAUUAGAGAAGUGAGUCUUUUGAGCUGGAGUACAGAAGAAUCCAAUCACAUUCUUUCAGCUAAAUUACCACUUAAACAGGGGGAGAGCUUGUCAUUAAACAUUACUGUCUGAAGAUCGUCUUCUUAAUGUUCAGAGUGUGACCUUUUAAAUUUUGAAGAGCAAGGUAUAAUUUGCUAGUAUAUUCAUCUUUACUUUACUUUAUCAACAUAGCCUGUAUUUAUUUUGAUUUAUAGGUCUAAUAAUUUGUAAAGCUCCUCUAAUGAUUUCACAAGUCUGAUGUGACAGAACAAAUCUUGUUUGCUCUAUAUUGAUUUUAGUCUUUUGGCAAUAAUUUAAGUAAACAAUUUGUAAUCAGUC